AAUUCGUCAUUUGUGGACAGGAGUCCGUGAGGGGAGGGUCUGUCUAGAAUUUCUCCCGUCGCAUUGCCAUUUAAAAACAAAACAGUGCCAAAUCAUUGACGUACGGCUGAUUAUGUAAAACGUAGCAGUACCUAGCACCUAGAAACAUUAAAGAAGGAAGUUAAAACUGCUGUCUAAAGGGGAGACCCAAGAACUAAAGAUGUCAGAAGUCCAGAGAGAGGAGGAACUGAGGGACCCACCCUAUGGGUAUCCGGAAAAGCAGGGCCUGUACGACCCGGCCUAUGAGAAGGAUUCCUGUGGCGUAGGCUUUGUCGUCAACAUCGAGGGAAACAGAUCGCACAAGGUGUUGCGAGACUCCCAGACGAUGUUGGAGCGUAUGGAACACCGCGGGGCGUGCGGAUGUGACUCCGAUACCGGUGACGGGGCCGGCUGCCUGACCGGUAUCCCACAUGAACUCUACAGCCGUGUACUCAAAGAGGAGCAGGGUAUUGAGCUGCCCCCACGAGGGAAGUAUGCCACUGGUCUCCUUUUCCUGGGCAAGAACACCUACCAACAGAGCCAGGACAUCUUCCAACAGAUUGCUGAAAAGUGUCGUUUGAGUGUGUUGUGUUGGCGUACGGUACCAACAGAUGAGACUAAGAUUGGCACGGUGGCCAGGGAGACCGAACCAUGCAUCAAACAGGUGUUUGUGACAGGUGACAUGGAGGCUGAGGAGUUCCGUCGGCAGGUGUUCUCUCUCAGGAAGCAGGCCACGCACAAGAUCUCCACCGACAGUCGCCGCUUCUACAUCUGCAGUCUCAACCAGGACAUCGUGGUCUACAAGGGCCAGACCACCACGACCCAGUUGUGGCAGUAUUUCCUGGACCUGCAGGACCCAGACUACCUGACCCACCUGUCCCUGGUGCACAGUCGCUUCUCUACUAACACCUUCCCUAGCUGGGAGAGGGCACACCCACAGAGAUACCUGGCCCAUAACGGUGAGAUCAACACCCUGCGCGGGAACGUGAACCUGAUGCGAGCGCGGGAGGGCGUGAUGUCCAGCCUGUCGUUCAAGGACCAACUGAAGGAGCUGUAUCCCGUGGUCGAGAAGGACCAGUCCGACUCGGGAUGUUUCGACAACGUCCUGGAGUUUCUGGUCAACGCUGGCGGCAGAUCUUUACCCGAGGCUGUGAUGACCAUGGUACCUGAGGCCUGGCAGAAUGAUAAGUAUAUGGAGAAAGGCAAGAAAGAUUUCUACCAGUGGAGCGCCUGUGCUAUGGAGCCCUGGGAUGGACCAGCACUGUUCACGUUCUCCGACGGGCGGUACAUUGGUUCCAUCCUGGACCGAAAUGGGCUUCGUCCCUCGCGCUACUACGUGACCAAGUCGGGCUAUCUGGUGAUGGCUAGUGAGGUGGGAGUGUUGGACAUCCCUCCAGAGGAUGUGCUGAGAAAGGGCCGCCUGAAGCCUGGCAGAAUGCUACUUGUUGACACCCAGGUGGGUGAGAUCAGUGGAGACACUGAGCUGAAGAGACAAAUAGCUGGUGCCAGACCUCAUGGGGAUUGGUUAAGCAAGCUUGUGACAUUGGAUGACCUCUACAAAGCACAACCUACUGAUGAAGUGAACAACAACAUCACCCGCUACCCGAAUGUGGAGGAUGACCGACGACUGCCCCUGUAUGGUUACACUAUUGAGACCCUCAGUAUGCUGGUGCUGCCUAUGAUCAAGAACAAGAAAGAGGCCCUAGGCUCCAUGGGUAACGAUGCUCCGCUGGCCUGUCUGUCUCAGUACAGCCCUCUGGUGUUUGAGUACUUCAAGCAGAUGUUUGCUCAGGUCACCAACCCGCCCAUCGACCCAUUCAGGGAGAGAGUCGUCAUGUCUCUGGCCUGUCCCAUUGGUCCAGAGUCGAACAUCCUGGAGCCGAGCGAGGGCCAGUGCAGACGACUGUUCCUGCAGCACCCCAUGUUGACCCUACAGGACCUGGAGGUCAUCAAGGCUACCAGGGUGCAUGGCUGGAAGACCUGUACCAUUGACGUGACCUAUCCUGUUGAAGACGGUACCCGUGGACUGGUGCCUGCCCUAAACCGUGUGUGUGAGGACUGCUCUCAGGCCACGAAGGAAGGCUUCACUUACCUAAUCCUGUCUGACCGAGCCGCAUGCAAGGAGAGAGUGCCUAUUGCCUCUCUGCUUGUGUGCGGUGCCGUCCACCAUUACCUCAUCAACACCAGACAGAGGCUGAAGGUGGGCCUCAUCCUGGAGACUGGCGAAGCAAGAGAGGUGCACCACCUGUGCUUGUUGCUAGGUUACGGCGCGGAUGCCAUCUGUCCGUACCUGGUGUACGAGAGCGUGAUCAACCUGCGUGACCAGCGGCUGCUGGACCCCCCGCUGAGCGAGCAGCACAUCAUGGCCAACUACAUCCAGGCCUCGCAGACAGGCAUCAGCAAGGUCAUGGCCAAGAUGGGCAUCUCCACUCUGCAUAGCUACAAGGGAGCCCAGAUUUUCGAGGCAGUGGGACUUGGUAAGGAGGUAGUGGACAAGUGUUUCACCGGCACAGCCUCCCGCCUCGGAGGGGUCACUUUUGAGAUGCUGGCACGAGAGAGCCUAAACCGACACCAUGUGGCUUUUGCCGACCGAGACUGUGACAACUAUGUCAUCCAGAACCCUGGGUUCUACCACUGGAGAGAUGGGGGUGAGAAGCACAUCAAUGAUCCCCUCAGCAUUGCAAACUUGCAGGAUGCAGCCAAGAACAAGAACAAGGGUGCCUACGAGAAGUUUAAGGAGUCGACCCUGGAAGCCGUGAGAGCCUGCACCCUGCGUGGACAGUUGGACUUGAAGACUCUGGACGAACCACUGGAUCUGUCGCUCAUAGAGCCAGCAUCGGAAAUUGUCAAGCGAUUUGCAACAGGUGCCAUGAGUUUCGGUAGCAUCUCGAUAGAGACCCACACCACUCUGGCCAAGGCCAUGAACAGGGUCGGAGCCAAGAGUAACACAGGGGAGGGAGGGGAGAACCCUGAACGGUACCAGGACCAGCCUGUAGACAACAGUACCAGGUCUGCCAUCAAACAGGUUGCCUCAGGCAGGUUUGGAGUGACCAGUGACUACCUGGCACACUCCGACGACCUCCAGAUCAAGAUGGCCCAGGGAGCCAAGCCCGGAGAGGGCGGCGAACUCCCCGGCCACAAGGUGUCCAAAGACAUCGCCAAGACGCGGAAAUCCGUCCCGGGCGUCGGACUCAUCAGCCCCCCUCCCCACCACGACAUCUACUCUAUCGAGGAUCUGGCCGAGCUUAUCUACGAUCUAAAAGCGGCGAACCCGCGCGCCCGCAUCAGCGUAAAGUUGGUGUCAGAAGUGGGAGUGGGAGUCAUUGCCGCCGGCGUGGCGAAGGGAAAAGCGGAACACAUCACGAUUUCCGGUCACGACGGGGGGACCGGAGCGAGCAGCUGGACGGGCGUGAAGCACGCCGGGUUGCCAUGGGAACUGGGAAUCGCCGAGACCCACCAAACGCUGGUUAUGAACGACCUGAGGUCAAGGGUGUGCCUACAGACUGAUGGACAGAUCAGGACAGGUCGAGACGUAGUGAUUGCAGGACUGCUGGGUGCGGAUGAGUUUGGCUUCUCCACCGCUCCUCUCAUCACCCUGGGAUGUACCAUGAUGAGGAAGUGUCACCUCAACACCUGUCCUGUGGGCGUGGCCACACAGGACCCAGUGCUGAGAGCCAAAUUUGCAGGGAAGCCAGAGUAUGUGGUCAACUACCUUUUCUAUCUGGCUGAAGAAGUACGCGACCUGAUGGCCAAGAUGGGAUUCCGAACCUUUCAGGAGCUUAUCGGUCGCACGGACGUGCUCAAGAUGGCGGAGAAACCGAUCAACGAGAAAUCUGCGCUGUUGGAUUUCGAGCCAAUCCUGAAGAACGCGCUAGACAUGCGACCUGGUAUCAACAUCGUGGCAGGCAGUAUCCAGCAGGACUUCCAACAAGAGAAGAGACUGGACAACAAACUUGUUGAGGAGGCCAGUGAUGUACUGGAGGGGAAGAAGCCCACAGUGGACAUCAGAAUGAACAUCCAGAAUGAGGCCAGAGCAUUCGCCAGCACCUUGAGCUACAACAUCUCCAUGAAAUAUGGUGAGAAGGGUCUCCCAGCAGGCAGUAUCAACAUCUACCUGAAGGGGUCGGCUGGACAGAGCUUCUGUGCCUUCCUGGCUCCUGGGGUGAGGGUGGAGCUGGAGGGAGAUGCCAAUGACUAUGUGGGGAAGGGCCUGUCAGGAGGUGAGGUGGUGAUCUAUCCCACACGUAGUCUUCCUGAGGACUUUGACUCCAAAGACAACAUCAUCGUCGGUAACGUUGUGCUGUACGGAGCCACGUCUGGCAAGGCCUUCUUCAGGGGCCAGGCUGCCGAACGCUUCUGUGUCAGGAACUCUGGGGCAACCGCUGUCUGUGAGGGUUGUGGUGACCAUGGGUGUGAGUACAUGACUGGAGGGAGGGUCAUCAUCCUGGGACUGACCGGCAGGAACUUUGCAGCUGGCAUGUCCGGAGGGUUGGCCUACGUACUGGACACUGAGAAGACAUUCCAGACCAAGUGUAACCUGGAGCAGGUAUCUCUGGACCCAGUGGAGGAGGAGGAAGAUGUCAGCUUCCUGAAGGACACCAUCAAGCAGUUCCACGAAGCCACGGGUUCUGUCAUGGCCCAGAAGGUCCUCCAGAACUGGGCUGAGUACCAACCUCAGUUUGUCAAGAUAUUUCCCCACGAGUAUCGCAAGGCACUGGAAAAAAUGAAAGAGGAAGAGGCCAUGCAGGUUGCCGACGAACCUGUGGCAAACGACGACAACAAGCUGGUGAACGGUACCAACGGCAAUGGGAAACCAGAGAAGGGUGCGCAGGAGUCCCCCGAGGCGAGAAAGAAGCCCAAGAUGGAACCUGGAGUCUUAGACAUCGAGGACACCAUCCCGGAUGCUGAGAUGGACACCAAGAAUGAGAAGAGGGUGAUGGAAAAGUUGGACAAGGUUCGCGGCUUUGUGAAGUACGAGAGGAACACGGACGCCUACCGUAACGUCAAACAGAGGCUCAACGACUGGAAGGAGAUCUAUAACCACAAGGGUGUCCGCUCUCAGCUCAAGGUGCAAGCUGCCAGAUGUAUGGACUGUGGAGUUCCCUUCUGCCAGUCCCACAGUGGCUGUCCAUUGGGCAACAUCAUCCCCAAAUGGAACGACCUCGUCUUCCAUGACCAAUGGAAGGAGGCACUGGACAGGCUGCUGCAGACAAACAACUUCCCAGAAUUCACUGGGAGGGUCUGCCCUGCCCCUUGUGAGGGUGCCUGUGUUUUGGGGAUCAAUGCAAAGCCUGUGACCAUCAAGAACAUUGAGUGUGCCAUCAUUGACCACGCGUUCGAGCAGGGAUGGAUCGUACCCCACCAGUACCCGUCCACUGGGAAGAAGGUGGCCGUGGUCGGUAGCGGGCCGUCCGGCCUGGCUGCAGCAGCGCAGUUGUGCAAGGCUGGGCAUGCUGUGACUGUGUAUGAGAGAAAUGAUGAGAUCGGUGGACUGUUGCGCUACGGCAUCCCUACCAUGAAACUGAGCAAGGAGGUGGUACAACGUCGGGUAGACCUGAUGGCUGAAGAGGGUGUGGUCUUCGUGAAGAACACCCAGAUCGGGAAGGAUCUGCCGGCAAAGACACUGUUGGAGGACAACGACGCAGUCCUGCUGUCGUGUGGAGCCACGUGGCCACGUGACCUACCUAUCCCAGGCCGAAAGCUGGAAGGAAUCCACUUUGCGAUGAGUUUCCUGGAGAAGUGGCAGAAGAAGCAGCACGGAAACACCAGCAUCAGCCCCAUCAUGGCUAAGGAUAAGGACGUGCUGGUCAUCGGUGGUGGGGACACAGGCGUGGACUGUAUCGGAACUGCACUUAGACAGGGUGCCAAGACUGUCACAACGUUUGAGAUCCUCCCCGAGCCCCCGAAGGAGCGUGCAGACAACAACCCGUGGCCGCUGUGGCCCCGUGUGUUCCGCGUGGACUAUGGUCACGAGGAGGUUAGACUGAAGUACGGCAAGGAUCCCCGGCACUUUGAGAUCCUCAGCAAGGAGUUCCUGGAUGACGGUAAAGGUAACGUGGCGGGGGUGCGGACCGUGAAGAUACAGUGGGUCCGUGACGAGUCCGGCAGGUGGCAGAUGAAGGACGUGCCUGACAGUGAAAGGAUCUUCAAAGCUGACCUCAUCCUGCUGGCUAUGGGCUUCCUGGGGCCUGAGAACACCAUCGCUGAUGAGCUGGGAGUGGACCUGGACCCACGCUCCAACUUUGACACCUCCAGUGCUCCAUACAAGUGCAACAUUCCCAAGCUGUAUGCCGCUGGAGACUGUCGGCGAGGCCAGUCCCUGGUGGUGACCGCCAUCUCAGAGGGUCGCCAGGCGGCCAGACAGAUCGACCUGGACCUGAUGGGCUUUACGUCAUUGGCCGGCCCGGGCGGUGUCGUCACGGCAACCAAACUCACCAAGAAGGAAUCUGUCUAAGGAAGAGGAAAAACAAAUCCGAGGAUAAAUUUAAGCGUCUUAAAGAUAUUAAAAAGUAAAAUUGCUUCAGUCAACAAUUUUUCUUUCAAUCAUGCAGAGUUCAUUUGUACAAUGUAUAUGGAUACUAACGUAAUGCACUGCGUUUAUGAUAAAGUUUCUUGCGUACUUACCUAUUUCCUUGAACUAAACCGACCCAACCUAGUUUGUGGGGGGUACAAGGUAGACACAAAGAUAAAGGAAAAUAUGCAUUUUGUAAAAUCUGUCAAACUAUAAGUACUUGUACCGAUAGUUGUAACUAUAUAGUAUUACAACCCCCCUUACUAAUAAAAGAACUUUGGGAACUUUGGUGUAAUCAUGUUUUAAGUGUGUACAAUUUGACAACUUAUUAUUGACUUAACAAGUACCGAAAGCAUUCAGGAUACACUAGGGAAUAACGUGUAACUUCAAAGACAUUGAAUGCAUGUUCUACUAUGUACAAAUGUUCGGAGAGUAAAGAAAUGCUCAUCUUUCGGUCUGGUUGAAGUGUGGUUUCAACUGCAACGCAAUAAGCACUGCAUAAGAAAACUACUUGUAUUUCUGAAAUCAUCAGUACUUGUACUAUAUUGUUCAAAGAUAACAUUGUUCAAGGUUGGUAGUAGAUUAUGCUUAUCAGUGCAGACUCUACAGAUAGAAUAUGUAGAUAUACAUAGAACAGCUGUAUGUUGUUUGUGUACAAUCAUUGUACAAUGUACUUAUAGAAUGUGUAUGUUAUAUAUGCAGCACUGACCACAUGCAUUACAACUACAUUACAAUGUAUUCUUCACUGAACGUGUUAGUAUGUGUUCACUGUUUGGUACUUUAGUUAGUACACUUUGGUGAGGCAUUCCCUGACAUGCAUCAAUGAAGAUGUGACAUUCAGGUAAAUAAAGAUGUGCUAAAAAGCAGUUACUCAAGCAACUAUGUACAUGUCUCUGAAACGUCUGACCGUUUCCAAAACCAUAUCCAGUUGCUUGAGUAACUGCUUUUUGGCCUACUUUGCCAUGGUUUUUGAAAACAUCUAAUGUUGUAUAAAAAGAGAUGAGCGUAGAAAAAGUGUUCUCGCAAGUUGGUGUAAGUCUAGAUGUCAACUAGAAAAAAUAUGGAAUCUGAAUAGUGUACAGUGAUAACUUGUGUGUGGUGAUAGUUAUGAAGGGUUUGCUAUAUUUCAGUUCGGAUGGAAUACUGAAGAAUGAUACAGGGUUAAGGUUGUUGAGGUGUACUUGAGUGAGCAUGGUUGUACACCUAGCCAGGUAACCAUACCCUCGUCCACUGUCAAACAUGUAAGGCGAAACACCUGUAAGCUUGCCUGUGGAGAAUGGUUACCAGGCUAUUGUACACUACACUUUGUGUCAGUGUUGGGAGACUUAAGUUGAAUCUUUCUUUAGAACGUUGGAUAACGUUAUUUGUGUAUCAUCUACAAUUAUGUAAAACUAUGAAGAAAAUUAUGUAUUUUAUUUUCUAAUUAUUUGAGCUAAAUUCAGAAUUGGUUAUAUGUACUGUUCUUGAAAUUUAUCAUUAAAAGCUUGCUUAUUGAAUUACAUUUUGUAAUGAAUUGUUAUACUAAAAGGAUUGUUUUAAAGCUGUUGGUGGGGAAUAAGUAGAGGGUAGUAAGCCUUAUGAAACUGAUAGCUUUUCAUGGGUAUGGAGUAUGAAAGUACAUGUACAUGUAUCAAGAACUGGUAAAGCAUGAACUGAGUGAAGUUUGUACAGCAACUGCAAGGGGGCGCUGUGACACUGCUGUUCACAUUAGCAUAGUUCUGUGUGCUACAUUAUGGUCACCGUAGUAAAGCAUGCGAGCCAAGUUACGUCCAUGAAGAUAGAGUCGUGAAGAUGCUUGUCGGGGACCAAUGUUAUUACCUAGUUAUUAGGUGAUAGAACACAAAUUGUGCCACUACUCACUGAUCCACAUGUUGUGAAUAAAGCUGUGUUAGAGUUGCA